GAGAAAUGCCAUUCUUGCUCCUUAUUUGGUACGAAAACGUCCCCCAUUGGCUAGAACGAAGAAUAUGGUUGGGUUUCAGUGACGUCAUGAACGCUUGAUAUCUCGUUCCAAAGCCACGCGAGAUCUGAGAUCUAGAGGGCUGUCCCAACGGUAUAUACGUGAGUGUAUAAAGCACAGACUUCGCAUUGGCUUUUCAGUAAGUUGGAGAACGAGGCAUUGUCCUGUCAUCUUUGCCUGGUGGACGGCACAGGAUUUUUCCAGCUCGGUGAGCAGACCCUCGUGUGCAAACAGGAGACAUAUGGUGCCGUCUUGUAAGACGGAAGACCUUUCAAUUAACUGUGCUCCGGUGUGAGGCGAAGCGACGAAAGGUGGUUUCAAGAAUCCUCGGCAUUCUGAAGAGUCUUAAGCAUGGUGCGGUGGUAGCGCUGACGGUAGCGCUGGUGGUAGCGCUAGCUACCUUUGACGUUCAGCAUGGACGAUUUUGAUCUGGACAGUCUUUUGGAGUCUUUUGCCACUGGCGACUUGCCAACGUUAGACACAGACUAUGGCUACAACAUAUCGUCUCAAGACAUUAAUACAUACGUAAAUAAUAUCUCGGACAAGGUCUUUCGUAAGUUCUACAACUACGAGACUCUGAAAGUAUCUUCAAACGCCCAAAUUGCCCUCAUUCUCGUCUACGGACUUGCAACAUUCCUGUCUCUCGUAGGGAACUCCUGCGUAGUUGUCGUACUGACUUUUGUCUCACAGAAAUGGACGGAGCUGAACAUUUUCCUAGUGAAUCUAGCCAUCGCGGACUUGACGAUGGCUCUCUUCUGUAUUCCCUUCACCUUCACGGAGGUCAUGCUACAGGACUGGAUGUUCGGGGAGACCAUGUGUCCUGUAGUCAGGUUCACUCAAGUCCUGUCCGUAUCAGUCAGCAUCUACAUCCUGCUGGCUAUAGGGAUAGAUAGAUACUACGCAGUAGUUCAUCCCUUGAAGAUACGGGUGACCCGCUCCCGGGCUAAGAUGGUCGUGGUGGUGAUUUGGAUCGUGUCCACAGCUCUGGCCUCAGUACAACUCGCUGUUUCUCGGACCUAUCCCUACUUCUGGGACGGUCUGGUCUACGAAAGAUGCGACGAGAUCAAGUGGCCCAACACCAAGUGGCAGUUGGUGUACACGCUGUCGCUCCUCGGGGUGACCUACGUGAUUCCGCUCAUCCUGCUGUGCGGGGCCUACAUCGGCAUCGGGCUGAAGAUGUGGGGGAGGCGGGCGCCGGGCAACUCCAACCGGCGGUGGGACCAGCAACACGAGCGAACAAAGAAAAAGACAAUCAAGAUGCUCUGCAUAGUGGUGCUGAUGUUUGCCAUAUGCUGGCUCCCCAUCCACCUCUUCACACUGAUCCUGGACUUCAAGGCUGAGCUGAUCAUCGGGAACAAGUACAUGGCAUUGGUGCUGUACUUCUCGGCCCACUGGCUGGCCAUGUCGAACAGUUUCAUGAACCCCAUCGUCUACAGCUUCAUGAACGACAAGUUCAGAAGCGACCUGAUGCGGCUGUUUGGGUGCUCACUGAAGAAGAAAGACAUGGUACUGACCAGAGACAAGCAAACUACCAUCAACUUCUCCGAGAGAAACGCCCUGCGGUACACCCUGAGCCGCUCUAGUGCUGUUGGAUCUGGAAGUGGGAGAUCCGUGGCCAUACAGACGAUGAACGGCUGCAGGCUGCACCGUGCCGAUGACUACGAGCUCCGCCCAUGCGCAGACACCAUCCAGGCCGCCCCUCCCCCUUCUUCUGAUCAUUCAACCACGUCAGAAGGCGGCAAAAGGAAUGGUGGGAUAGGAAGAACAUCGUCCUGGCCACCUCCGGAUUUGAAGGAGCUCUCCGAACGGCGCACCCCUCGCGUGAGAGCGCGACUGGCAUACUUCUACCUGAAGCAGAAAGUCACCAAGAAGAAUCCGAAGAAGAAGAAUACCUACAAAGACACACCGCCACGUGUGCUUUACAAAGUACAACAAGACGAUCGACUGAACAAUGCUACUUUCAUAGAGCAGACUGUUAGCAGUGUAUGAAUCUGUGAUUAUACAUACAUGUACAUAUGUCAAUAAACUAUUCAUAAAGUGAAAAUGAGUCAAAGCUAGGCAGAACCGGCCUCACUAUCUCUGAAGGAUAGUCAGUGAAGAAAAUUGUAAAUAGUGAACUAUUUUAAACAGCGACUCAAGUGUAAAUAAGGUAGGCUGGCACAGUUCAUCUCCCGCUUUCAAAACAUCACAUAUUAUAAAAACUUAAGACAUUUGAUAUUUUUAGGCACGUUAAAACAAAACAAAAAAGAAGAUAAGUCGCAUAAAUAGGCUUGUGAAAUAGACAAUAUUGCCACACUUACAGACAUGAAGUGCUCGGGGUUUAAUAUUGUUGAAAAUAUUGUUUAAGUUUGUUGGUAAAGUAACGCCCCUAAAAUUAGAAGUUUGGGAAGAGACAAUGUACUUGUAUACCAAGCGUAGCUUUGUUUACCCUAAUGUGUAAAGACUAUUGGGAAUUGUUGGAAAAAAAGUCCCUCGAGCACAUACAAAAAUUAUUCUACAGAGCACAUCUUUCAAAUCAACAGAGAAUUACCAUUAGAAAUGGUAUCAGUUAUAAGUACUUGAAAUCUAUUAUUCUAUGAGAGCAGGCGACUAUAAAACACAGCAUAUUCCCAUGUUGAGGAUCAUGAGUGCAUCAAUCAUGCUAGACGCCAGGUACAGAGGCGGCUCGGAGAUCAAUUUUCCGGUCGGCCGGCAAUGAAGAUGGUUAACCCGCUCGGGUCAGGCUGACCCCCGGUGUAAUCUUAUCCGAGAUGAGAUGCCAUUUCUCAAAGAUCAAUGCUAGUUGCGAUGAGCACAGUGGAGAAAAAAUAUUUCAUUUCUUUAUGUACAAUCGUAGAAACGCUCCUUGUACCAUAUAAUGUAAAUGUAUAAAUUGAUUUAACUGCUUGACAAGAAAUAGCGUUAAAUGUUAUUUUUUGUGUGAUGACUGAUCGCACUACAAGUUCUCAAAAAUCAUUCGAUGAUUAUACUCAUAUUAUUUUAUAGUCUCUAAUGCUUAGCCUCCUCACAAAAAUGCUAACUCACUCAGCAGAGUAAAUUACGUUGUUGAUCGCUGUUGCUGGUUUCAGUAUCAUCAAAUAGUAGUGUUUGUUUUCUCCUGUUUGUAUCUAACUAAAACGUGUUAUCCAAGACUUUUCAAGUAUCGGUUUUGUUGUAUAUAUAUCUAUGUAAAUCAUAAAUAUCAUUUGCGAAUUCGAGAACGACUAUAACUGUGUCUCUUUGCCAUGGAAACAAAGAAUUUAGUGAUAAUAGUAUUGAACGUCGUGUACUAAAGUAGUGGAAGCAUAAAAUGAAUAUCAUUCUAAUGAGUUACAUACUGUAAAAUGAAAUUGGAUAAUUUUUUCCUGUUUAUAGAUAUACCUUUGCUGUCUUAAAGUUAUAAAUCAUUUGUGCCAUGUGACUAGACGUAAGCGGACAGGGUUUGAUGAAACGGCUGUGCAGAUACAAACAUUGUUAUAAAUGCAACAUCUGUGCUAUAGUCACGAAAAUCAUAUCAUCAGAGUAACAUUCUAAGAACAGAAACACAACAGCUAUAUAAUAAGAGAGAUUUACAACAUGACCUAUGUGAGCUUUGACUCUGAGGUCACGUGACUGUCCUUCAGAGCUGAAGAAAGAUGGUGGCUGUCUACAAGACAGCUCCUCACCCCUGAUUCUACUCGCCAUUUGCAACAUUCUCGAUAAAUCUAAAAUAUAUUUACUUUUAACAAAAUUUAUUAAUACACGUCAUUUUGGACUAUAUUUUGUAAAGCAAUGACAAUUGAAGAAUAACGCAACUUUCACAUGCACAAUGUAUCUAUACUUUUACACAACAUCUUUGUAUAACUUUAUUCAUUCUCGAAAAUUACAUGCUGAAUGUCAGACGUUUAUGCUAUGGAUUGAAUUGAAUAGUAUUAUCAAAGAUUUAUGAAAUACAUCAGAAUUUUUAGAUAAACAUUCAUAUGGAAUCAAUGACCAAAUAGAUCUAUAAAGCAUUGAACGUUUGUACAUUAUAUACGGCUUUUGACUCUGUAUCAAUGUUGUUGCAAAGAAAUGACGUCGUCAAAGUGAACUGUACGUAUCUGAAAUAUCCUAAAUGUUUGAGAUCUCAGUAAUCAUGGAUCGGCAAUGGACAUGUUAGGCCGCGGUCACAUAGGUCGCGCGAUUGUCGUGCGAUUUUGAUGCCAUACUAAAGGAUUUUCAAGCAGGCCGUGACAGAACCAAGCAUCUGCAUGGACCCAAAACAGCUUUCUGUGCACCAAGACAGUUGAACUUUGCAGGAGACGUACAUUUUUGUCUUAAAAAAUGCCCGAAGUUUGCGAUCGUACGACGAUUGCAUGACCUAUGUGACGACACCCUAGUCGUACUUUGCUCACAGUGCUUUUGUCGUAUGUAUACGGAAACCUAUUUGUGUUUGAAUA